GCCUAUUAGUCAGUCAGUGUGAUUCGGUGACACUGAUCAAGCACAUUUCUUCCGGGCGGUUGGUGAAACAGCGUUAAGAACCCAGCGUUUAAGAAACUUCAGUCUGAAUUUAUUUGGGUCAACGGAUCAUGUCUGCUUUCAGAUCCUCCUUCACUAUUGAGAGCAUUCUUUCGCGGCCAACCCACCAGCGAUGUGUGCCUUACACAAUUCCACACCCGUACCCAAUUAUCCCAGCCCUGGCUCCAGGCUAUAUCGGAUUUCCGCGAUUCGAGGAUCUUUUACGUUCACAACCGAAACGUAAAAGACGACACCGAACGAUAUUCACCGAGGAACAACUCGAACUGCUUGAAGGAACGUUUCAGAAAACUCAUUACCCUGAUGUUCUUCUUCGGGAGGAACUCGCCAUGAAGGUGGAACUCAGAGAAGAACGCGUCGAGGUUUGGUUCAAAAAUCGAAGAGCAAAGUGGAGAAAACAAAAACGCGAAGAUCAGGAAGUUAAAAAGAAGAAAACACAAGCUGAUUCCACGACAACAUUAAUACCAACGAUUGAAGAGGAAAUACCAAUACAGAACGAAGAAAAUGAUAGAGACGAUUUGUACAACAUACAUGCACCCAAAGAAAACAAGGAUUCGUGCGUGGUUCCUCAGCCUUUCGCUGAAACAUCAAAUCUUGAUGCAAACACAUCCGGGCGACCGCUGACAUGGAAUUCUUUUUAAUAUUUCCAAAUACGUAUGGAUGACACAAUAUUCGUAGAUACACUGUACAAUGUAUAUUAUUACACAGUCAAGUAGAAAUACAUAUUAUUUAUUGUUUAUAUUAUAAUGAGACUGAGAAGAUAAACAUUGAAAUCAUAGCAUGUAAAUUAGUUAUUAAAACUAUGUACAAAGUCUGUCAGAGUUAAAAAUAUAUUAUUUUGGAUUUUAGAUUUUUCAAGUUUAGUUUAACUUGAUUAAUUCAGAUCAGCCUGCUAAGACUUGUGGGAGCCUCGUUAUGCUGUAUCUCUUUUCAAGCCAGUCUUUCGCAGUGGAAAGUGUGUACAUCAACCUGGUGCUGACUAGUAAAGAGUUAAUAAAAUAUUGGAUUGUACAUA